GCCCGCCCGCCCGGCCCGCGGGGACGAGGCGGCGGCGGCGGUGGCGAGGAUGAUGAUGUGCGCGGCGACUGCCUCCCCCGCCGCCGCCUCCUCCGGGCCCGGCGGGGACGGAUUCUUCGCAGCCGCCACCUUCUCUUCCUCCCCGGCGCCGGGGGCGCUGUUCAUGUCGGUUCCCGACGGCUCGGUGGCCGCCGCGGGGCUGGGGCUGGGGCUGUCCGCCACGGACUCUCGGGGUCACUAUCAGCUGCUGCUGUCAGGCCGCGCCUUGGCCGACCGCUACCGGAGGAUUUACACCACUGCUCUCAGUGACAGGGACCAGGCCGGCAGCAGCACUGGACACCCAGCCUCCAGGAAUAAGAAAAUUUUAAAUAAGAAGAAAUUGAAACGAAAACAGAAGAGCAAAUCAAAAGUAAAGACAAGAAGCAAGUCUGAAAACUUGGAGAAUACAGUAAUUAUACCAGAUAUCAAACUUCAUAGCAAUCCCUCUGCCUUCAAUAUUUACUGUAAUGUACGGCAUUGCGUUUUGGAAUGGCAGAAAAAGGAAACAUCAUUGGCAGCUGCAUCCAAGAACUCUGUACAGAGUGGAGAAUCAGACAGUGAUGAGGAAGAAGAAUCCAAAGAGCCCCCUAUCAAGCUGCCAAAGAUCAUUGAGGUUGGGCUUUGUGAAGUCUUUGAAUUGAUCAAGGAGACUCGAUUUUCUCAUCCAUCCCUGUGUUUGAGGAGCCUCCAAGCCUUGCUGAAUGUGCUUCAAGGCCAGCAGCCAGAAGGCCUCCAAUCAGAGCCACCAGAGGUCCUAGAGUCUCUCUUCCAGCUCCUUUUGGAAAUUACGGUUCGGAGUACUGGGAUGAACGACAGCACAGGACAGUCCCUCACGGCACUCUCCUGUGCUUGCCUCUUUAGUCUAGUAGCUUCUUGGGGAGAAACCGGAAGGACACUCCAGGCCAUCUCUGCUAUACUAACCAACAAUGGGAGUCAUGCUUGCCAAACUAUCCAGGUGCCAACGAUACUAAAUUCACUACAGAGAAGUGUACAGGCAGUUUUGGUUGGAAAGAUUCAAAUCCAGGACUGGUUUAGCAAUGGCAUUAAGAAAGCAGCUCUAAUGCACAAAUGGCCAUUAAAAGAAGUAUCUGUUGAUGAAGAUGACCAGUGUUUGCUUCAGAAUGAUGGAUUUUUUCUUUACCUCUUAUGCAAGGAUGGAUUAUACAAAAUAGGCUCUGGAUACAGUGGAACAGUUAGGGGCCAUAUAUAUAAUUCUACGUCCCGUAUCAGAAACAGAAAAGAGAAAAAAUCCUGGUUAGGGUAUGCCCAGGGUUAUUUAUUAUAUCGAGAUAUGAAUAACCACAGUAUGACAGCCAUAAGAAUAAGUCCUGAAACACUGGAACAAGAUGGUACUGUAAUGUUACCAGAUUGCCACACUGAAGGUCAAAAUAUUUUAUUUACUGAUGGAGAGUAUAUUAAUCAGAUAGCUGCUUCGAGAGAUGAUGGCUUUGUUGUCAGAAUUUUCGCCACAAGCACUGAACCUGUACUACAACAAGAAUUACAGCUUAAACUGGCCAGGAAAUGCUUACAUGCCUGUGGAAUAUCACUGUUUGAUUUGGAAAAGGAUUUGCAUAUAAUAAGCACAGGAUUUGAUGAGGAGUCAGCAAUACUUGGUGCAGGACGAGAGUUUGCACUGAUGAAAACAGCAAAUGGAAAGAUAUAUUACACUGGCAAGUACCAGAGUCUUGGAAUCAAACAAGGUGGUCCUUCAGCAGGAAAAUGGGUUGAGCUACCAAUUACCAAAUCUCCCAAGAUCGUGCACUUCUCUGUUGGACAUGACGGCUCGCAUGCCCUUUUGGUUGCAGAGGAUGGAAGUGUGUUCUUCACAGGAUCCGCAAGUAAAGGAGAAGACGGGGAGUCAACUAAGAGCAGACGACAGUCAAAACCCUAUAAACCUAAAAAGAUUAUUAAAAUGGAAGGAAAAAUUGUGGUGUACACAGCCUGCAAUAAUGGAAGUAGUUCUGUUAUUUCUAAAGAUGGAGAACUCUACAUGUUUGGGAAAGAUGCUAUUUAUUCUGAUAGUUCAAGUUUGGUGUCUGAUUUGAAAGGCCAUUUUGUAACUCAGGUAGCAAUGGGCAAAGCUCACACUUGUGUUUUAAUGAAGAAUGGAGAGGUCUGGACAUUUGGUGUAAAUAAUAAAGGACAGUGUGGGCGAGACACGGGUGCUGUGAACCAAGGAGGGAAAGGGUUUGGAGUUGAAAAUAUGGCAACAGCGAUGGAUGAAGACCUGGAAGAAGAACUGGAUGAGAAAGAUGAGAAGUCCAUGAUGUGCCCUCCAGGCAUGCAUAAGUGGAAGCUGGAGCAGUGCAUGGUGUGCACAGUGUGUGGAGAUUGCACGGGCUAUGGAGCCAGCUGUGUCAGCAGCGGCCGUCCUGACAGGGUUCCUGGAGGGAUUUGUGGUUGUGGUUCAGGAGAAUCUGGCUGUGCUGUGUGUGGAUGUUGCAAGGCUUGUGCAAGAGAGCUGGAUGGUCAGGAGGCAAGACAAAGAGGGAUUCUUGAUGCAGUGAAAGAAAUGAUACCUUUAGACCUCCUUUUAGCUGUCCCUGUACCUGGGGUUAAUAUUGAAGAACAUCUUCAGUUACGGCAAGAAGAAAAACGGCAACGUGUCAUUAGAAGGCACAGAUUAGAAGAUGGAAGAGGCCCCCUUGUAUUUGCUGGUCCUAUUUUUAUGAACCACCGAGAACAGGCUCUAGCCAGACUCAGAUCCCAUCCUGCUCAGCUAAAGCAUAAACGGGACAAGCACAAAGAUGGAAGUGGAGAUAGAGGGGAAAAGGAUGCAAGCAAAAUCACAACCUAUCCUCCAGGCUCCGUGAGGUUUGACUGUGAGCUCCGAGCAGUGCAAGUCAGCUGUGGAUUUCACCAUUCAGUGGUUUUAAUGGAAAAUGGAGACGUCUAUACAUUUGGAUAUGGGCAGCAUGGCCAGCUGGGACAUGGGGAUGUCAAUUCCAGGGGAUGCCCCACACUUGUUCAAGCCUUGCCAGGCCCUAGCACACAAGUCACUGCCGGCAGCAACCACACGGCAAUCCUUUUAAUGGAUGGACAGGUCUUCACAUUUGGAAGUUUUUCUAAAGGACAACUGGGACGACCCAUUUUGGAUGUACCAUAUUGGAAUGCAAAGCCAGCUCCCAUGCCUAAUAUUGGAUCAAAAUACGGACGGAAGGCCACUUGGAUAGGUGCAAGUGGAGACCAGACUUUCUUACGAAUUGAUGAAGCACUUAUAAAUUCUCAUGUACUUGCAACAUCAGAAAUUUUUGCUAGCAAACACAUAAUAGGCUUGGUACCUGCUUCUAUAUCAGAACCUCCACCAUUUAAGUGUCUUCUGAUCAAUAAAGUGGAUGGAAGUUGUAAAACUUUUAAUGACUCUGAACAAGAAGAUCUGCAAGGAUUCGGUGUGUGUCUUGAUCCUGUGUAUGAUGUGCUUUGGAGGUUUCGACCAAGUACCCGAGAGCUCUGGUGUUACAAUGCAGUGGUUGCUGAUGCCAGACUUCCCUCUGCAACAGACAUGCAGUCCAGAUGUAGUAUUCUAAGUCCUGAACUUGCUCUGCCAACAGGAUCAAGGGCUCUGACAACCCGAUCUCAUGCAGCCUUGCACAUUCUGGGUUGUCUUGAUACUUUGGCUGCUAUGCAGGACUUAAAGAUGGGCAUUGCAAGUACAGAGGAGGAGACUCAAGCAGUAAUGAAAGUCUAUUCCAAGGAAGAUUACAGUGUAGUAAACAGGUUUGAAAGUCAUGGAGGAGGCUGGGGUUACUCUGCUCAUUCAGUUGAAGCCAUACGUUUUAGUGCUGACACUGAUAUUUUACUUGGUGGUCUUGGUCUGUUUGGAGGCAGAGGAGAAUAUACUGCUAAAAUAAAGCUGUUUGAGUUGGGUCCUGAAGGAGGAGAUCAUGAAACCGAUGGAGACCUUCUUGCAGAGACUGACGUGUUAGCUUAUGACUGUGCCGCUAGAGAAAAAUACGCAAUGAUGUUUGACGAGCCAGUUCUCCUACAAGCUGGAUGGUGGUACGUAGCAUGGGCUCGAGUGUCAGGUCCCAGCAGUGACUGUGGUUCUCAUGGACAAGCUUCUAUUACCACAGAUGAUGGGGUUGUUUUCCAGUUCAAGAGUUCAAAGAAGUCAAAUAAUGGUACUGAUGUAAAUGCUGGUCAGAUACCUCAACUGUUGUACAGACUCCCAACCAGUGAUGGCAGUGCUUCCAAAGGCAAACAGCAGACUAGUGAGCCUGUACACAUUUUAAAGAGAUCUUUUGCAAGAACUGUCUCAGUGGAAUGUUUUGAGUCAUUGCUAAGUAUUCUUCACUGGAGCUGGACCACCUUAGUCUUAGGGGUUGAAGAACUUAGAGGAUUAAAAGGGUUCCAGUUCACAGCCACACUUCUCGAUUUAGAGAGACUACGCUUUGUGGGGACCUGUUGUUUGCGGUUGUUGCGAGUCUAUACCUGUGAAAUAUACCCAGUAUCAGCUACAGGAAAAGCAGUUGUAGAAGAAACUAGCAAAUUAGCAGAGUGUAUUGGAAAAACAAGAACUUUGUUAAGAAAAAUUUUAUCGGAAGGAGUUGAUCAUUGCAUGGUGAAGUUAGAUAAUGACCCUCAAGGGUACCUGAGCCAGCCCUUGAGUCUUCUGGAGGCUGUUCUUCAGGAGUGCCAUAACACGUUCACUGCCUGCUUUCACUCCUUCUACCCGACUCCUGCACUACAGUGGGCUUGCCUUUGCGAUCUGCUGAAUUGUUUGGAUCAGGAUAUCCAGGAAGCAAACUUUAAGACAUCCAGUAGCCGACUCCUUGCAGCUGUUAUGUCCGCUCUGUGUCACACUUCUGUUAAGCUGACAUCUAUCUUCCCUAUUGCAUAUGAUGGAGAAGUAUUACUGCGAUCAAUAGUUAAGCAAGUCAGCACUGAGAAUGACUCAACGCUAGUUCAUCGAUUUCCACUUUUGGUGGGACAUAUGGAAAAGCUAAGCCAGAGUGAAGAGAACAUCUCAGGGAUGACAAGCUUCCGUGAAGUCCUAGAGAAGAUGCUCGUCAUUGUUGUGCUUCCAGUGAGAAACAGCCUUCGGAGAGAAAAUGAGCUCUUCUCCUCACACUUGGUCUCGAACACCUGUGGGUUAUUGGCCAGUAUUGUCAGCGAACUGACAGCAUCGGCCCUAGGAUCCGAGGUUGAUGGACUUAAUUCUCUUCACUCUGUAAAAGCCAGUGCUAACCGAUUCACAAAAACAAGUCAGGGAAGAAGUUGGAACACUGGAAAUGGAUCCCCGGAUGCAAUCUGUUUUGCAGUAGACAAACCUGGCAUCGUUGUGGUUGGUUUCUCUGUCUAUGGAGGAGGAGGUAUACACGAGUAUGAAUUAGAGGUCUUGGUUGAUGAUAGUGAGCAUGCAGGAGAUUCAACUCAUUCUCACAGAUGGACAUCUCUAGAAUUAGUUAAAGGAACUUAUACAACAGACGAUUCACCCAGUGACAUAGCUGAAAUCAGACUGGACAAAGUUGUUCCUUUAAAGGAAAACGUUAAGUAUGCUGUGCGCUUGAGGAACUAUGGCAGUCGUACAGCCAAUGGAGAUGGAGGAAUGACCACCGUGCAGUGCCCGGAUGGAGUGACUUUUACCUUCAGCACAUGUAGUUUGAGCAGUAAUGGCACAAACCAAACCAGAGGGCAGAUCCCACAGAUACUGUACUAUAGGAGUGAAUUUGAUGGAGAUUUACAAUCCCAGCUUCUAAGUAAAGCCAAUGAGGAAGAUAAAAACUGUAGCAGAGCUCUCUCUGUGGUAAGCACUGUUGUUCGAGCUGCUAAGGAUCUGUUGCACAGAGCCCUUGCUGUGGAUGCUGAUGACAUUCCAGAACUGCUUAGCUCUUCCAGUCUGUUUUCCAUGCUGCUUCCCCUUAUUAUAGCCUACAUAGGACCAGUAGCUGCUGCUAUUCCCAAGGUUGCUGUAGAAGUUUUUGGCCUUGUUCAGCAAUUGCUUCCUUCAGUUGCCAUUUUGAAUCAGAAGUAUGCACCCCCUGCGUUCAACCCCAAUCAGUCAACUGAUAGCACGACUGGAAACCAGCCUGAACAGGGCCUCUCAGCUUGUACCACUUCUAAUCACUAUGCUGUCGUUGAGAGUGAGCACCCAUACAAGCCUGCCUGUGUGACGCACUACAAGGUGACAUUCCCAGAAUGUGUUAGGUGGAUGACAAUCGAAUUUGACCCUCAGUGUGGUACCGCACAGUCAGAAGACGUUCUCCGCUUGCUUAUUCCUGUCAGAACUAUUCAGAGCUCAGGAUAUGGACCAAAAUUGACAACUGUUCAUGAAAAUCUUAAUUCAUGGAUAGAAUUAAAGAAAUAUUCAGGAUCCUCUGGAUGGCCCACUAUGGUUUUAGUGUUACCAGGAAAUGAAGCCCUUUUUUCACUGGAAACUGCUUCAGAUUAUGUGAAAGAUGAUAAAGCCUCCUUCUAUGGUUUUAAGUGUUUUGCAAUUGGAUAUGAAUUUAGCCCUGGGCCUGAUGAGGGAGUUAUUCAGCUGGAAAAAGAAUUAGCCAAUCUCGGUGGGGUCUGUGCAGCAGCUUUAAUGAAGAAGGAUCUAGCACUUCCUAUCGGUAACGAGUUGGAGGAAGAUCUUGAAAUUCUUGAAGAGGCUGCAUUGCAGGUGUGCAAAACUCACUCAGGUAUUCUUGGAAAGGGUUUGGCUCUUUCUCAUUCACCAACGAUCUUAGAGGCGCUUGAAGGAAACUUACCACUUCAAAUCCAAAGCAACGAGCAGUCGUUUCUGGAUGAUUUCAUCGCUUGUGUCCCAGGAUCAAGUGGUGGAAGACUUGCAAGAUGGCUUCAGCCGGAUUCCUAUGCUGACCCUCAGAAGACAUCCUUGGUCCUGAAUAAGGACGAUGUUCGGUGUGGCUGGCCCACCACCAUAACCGUGGAGACGAAAGACCAGUAUGGAGAGGUGGUCCACGUCCCUGGCAUGAAGGUGGAAGUGAAAGCUGUACCUGUUUCUCAGAAGAAAACAUCUUUGCAACAAGAGCAAGUAAAGAAGUCUCAACGGAUUCCUGGCAGUCCUGCAGUAGCAGCAGCACCUUCUAACACCGACAUGACUUUCGGUGGGUUGGCAUCACCAAAGCUGGAUGUUUCCUAUGAGCCAAUGAUAGUCAAGGAGGCACGAUACAUUGCCAUAACAAUGAUGAAGGUAUAUGAAAACUACUCAUUUGAAGAACUGCGUUUUGCAUCACCAACUCCUAAAAGGCCCAGUGAAAAUAUGUUAAUUCGUGUCAAUAAUGAUGGGACUUACUGUGCAAACUGGACGCCAGGGGCUAUUGGCCUCUACACUAUUCAUGUUACCAUUGAUGGCAUUGAAAUAGAUGCUGGCCUCGAAGUAAAAGUAAAAGAUCCACCAAAGGGAAUGAUCCCACCAGGAACUCAGCUGGUCAAGCCAAAGGCUGACCCUCAACCAAAUAAGAUUCGAAAAUUUGUGGCCAAGGAUAGUGCUGGUCUUCGUAUCCGGAGCCACCCUUCCCUUCAGAGUGAGCAGAUUGGCAUAGUGAAAGUCAAUGGAACUAUCACUUUUAUUGAUGAGAUCCACAAUGAUGAUGGCGUGUGGCUGAGAUUGAAUGAUGAGACGAUAAAGAAGUAUGUUCCUAACAUGAACGGUUACACUGAAGCCUGGUGCCUCUCUUUUAAUCAGCAUCUUGGCAAGAGCCUUCUGGUCCCUGUUGACAAUAUCUUUAAUGCUAGCCAAGGAGUCAGGGAUUUGGACGUAUUUUCAUGGACUUCCAAAGCUUUUUUCCCCCAGGAAGCAACAAUGCAAGAACAAGAUAAUCCAUUCUUGAGAGGCGGACCAGGCAUGUACAAGGUAGUGAAGACAGGACCUUCAGGUCACAACAUCAGAAGCUGCCCUAACCUUAGAGGUAUCCCAAUUGGAAUGUUAGUUCUGGGAAACAAAGUCAAAGCAGUGGGAGAGGUGACCAGUUCUGAAGGGACGUGGGUGCAGCUGGAUAAGAACAGCAUGGUAGAGUUCUGUGAGAGUGAUGAAGGAGAGGCGUGGUCCUUAGCUAGAGACAGAGGCGGGAACCAGUACCUGCGGCAUGAAGAUGAACAAGUUCUUCUGGAUCAGAAUUCUCAAACUCCUCCUCCAAGCCCUUUCUCAGUACAAGCUUUUAAUAAAGGGGCAACUUGCAGUGCCCAAGGAUUUGAUUAUGGCCUCGGAAAUAAUAAAGUUUUGACUGUUUUGCCCACUGCAGGUGAUCAACUGAGUGCCAUAUUGAAUUCCAUUCAGUCACGGCCCAAUCUCCCAGCUCCUUCCAUCUUUGAUCAAGCUGCAAAACCUCCCUCUUCCCUAGUCCACAGCCCAUUUGUGUUCGGACAGCCCCUUUCCUUCCAGCAGCCUCAGCUUCAGAGUGAUAGAGGAACUGUCUCAACAUCUUCAAGACCAGCCUCUACAUCAGGAAAAUCAGAGCUGCCCUCUAAACACAGCAGAUCAAUUAAACCUGAUGGGCGUGUGAGCCGGACUACUGCUGAUCAGAAGAAGCCAAGGGGGACAGAAAGUUUAUCUGCUAGUGAAUCCCUUAUGUUAAAAUCCGAUGCUGCAAAGCUGAGGUCAGAUUCCCAUAGUAGGUCACUGUCCCCUAACCAUAACACCUUGCAGACAUUGAAGUCUGAUGGGAGGAUGUCUUCUAGCUUUAGAUCUGAAUCCCCAGGACCAGGGUCUAGGUCCUCAUCUCCUAAGCCAAAGACUAUCCCAGCUAACAGGUCUAGCCCAUCUGGUGCUGGUUCUCCACGCUCCUCUUCACCGCAGGAUAAAAAUCUACCUCAGAAAAGCACAGCUCCUGCUAAGACAAAGCUGGACCCUCCUCGGGAACGUUCCAAGUCAGACUCCUAUACGCUUGAUCCAGAUACCCUCCGGAAGAAGAAAAUGCCCCUCACAGAACCAUUAAGAGGGCGAUCCACAUCACCAAAACCAAAACCAGUACCAAAGGAUCCAAAAGACUCCCCUGGAUCUGAAAACAGAGCCCCUUCUCCCCAUGUGGUACAGGAAAACCUCCACAGUGAGGUAGUUGAAGUCUGUACUUCAAGUACUUUAAAAACAAACAGCGUCACCGACAGCAGUUGUGAUGAAAGCAGUGAAUUUAAGAGUGUGGAUGAAAGCUCAAAUAAAGUUCACUUCAGCAUAGGAAAAGCGCCCCUGAAAGAUGAACAGGAAAUGAGAGCAUCCCCCAAGGUCAGUCGGAAAUGUGCUAAUAGACACACCAGGCCCAAAAAAGAAAAAUCUAAUUUUCUUUUCAAAGGUGAUGGGGCCAAAUCUUUAGAGCCAGCCAAGCAAGCCAUGUCUCCGUCUGUUGCUGAGUGUGCCAGGGCUGUCUUCGCCUCUUUUCUGUGGCAUGAAGGCAUAGUACAUGAUGCAAUGGCUUGCUCCUCCUUUCUGAAAUUUAAUCCUGAACUUUCCAAAGAACAUGCUCCCAUAAGAAGCAGUUUGAGUAGCCAACCACCCCCAGAGGAAAAGGAAAUAAAGUUAAAAAAUAGACAUUCUUUGGAAAUAUCAUCUGCUCUAAAUAUGUUUAACAUUGCACCUCAUGGACCAGAUAUAUCUAAGAUGGGUAGUAUCAACAAAAAUAAAGUCUUAUCCAUGCUUAAGGAGCCACCUCUACAUGAAAAAUGUGAGGAUGGAAAAUCCGAAGCCACUUUUGAAAUGUCCAUGCACCAUACAAUGAAGUCUAAGUCUCCGCUUCCCUUAACAUUACAGCAUUUAGUGGCUUUCUGGGAAGAUAUCUCUUUGGCUACAAUCAAAGCUGCUUCCCAGAAUAUGAUUUUUCCAAGUCCAGGUUCCUGUGCAGUCCUUAAAAAGAAAGAGUGUGAGAAAGAGAAUAAGAAAACAAAAAAGGAAAAAAAGAAAAAAGAAAAGACAGAAAUUCGGCCAAGGGGCAAUUUGUUUGGCGAAAUGGCCCAGCUGGCAGUAGGAGGACCAGAAAAAGAUACUAUCUGUGAGCUGUGUGGAGAAUCACAUCCAUACCCCGUGACCUAUCACAUGAGACAAGCGCACCCAGGUUGUGGCCGAUACGCUGGCGGACAAGGGUACAAUAGCAUUGGGCAUUUUUGUGGAGGCUGGGCUGGUAACUGUGGUGAUGGGGGAAUGGGAGGAAGCACUUGGUACCUCGUAUGUGAUCGCUGUAGAGAAAAAUACCUCCGUGAAAAGCAGGCUGCUGCAAGGGAGAAGGUCAAACAGUCUAGAAGAAAGCCAAUGCAGGUAAAGACUCCUCGUGCCUUGCCCACCAUGGAAGCACACCAGGUGAUCAAAGCCAAUGCCCUCUUCCUGCUGUCCCUGAGCAGUGCGGCAGAACCAAGUAUCUUGUGUUACCAUCCAGCAAAGCCAUUCCAGUCUCAGCUGCCCAUUGUGAAAGAAGGUGUUUCUGAGGACCUUCCUGUAAAAAUGCCUUGUCUCUACUUGCAGACAUUAGCUAGGCACCAUCAUGAAAAUUUUGUGGGCUAUCAAGAUGACAACCUAUUCCAGGAUGAAAUGAGAUAUCUGCGUUCAACAUCUGUCCCUGCCCCAUACAUAUCAGUAACUCCUGAUGCAAGUCCCAAUGUAUUUGAAGAGCCAGAGAGCAAUAUGAAGUCUAUGCCACCAAGUUUGGAGACCAGCCCCAUAACCGACACUGACUUGGCGAAGAGGACUGUCUUCCAGCGGUCAUACUCGGUUGUCGCUUCUGAAUAUGACAAACAGCAUUCCAUUUUACCUGCACGAGUUAAAGCCAUCCCUAGAAGAAGAGUUAACAGUGGAGACACUGAAGUUGGGUCCUCCCUCUUGAGACAUCCAUCACCUGAACUUUCUCGGCUAAUCUCAGCCCACAGCUCUCUUUCCAAAGGAGAGCGAAAUUUCCAGUGGCCAGUUUUAGCUUUCGUUAUACAGCAUCAUGAUCUCGAAGGGCUUGAAAUAGCAAUGAAGCAGGCCUUGCGGAAGUCUGCUUGCCGAGUGUUUGCUAUGGAGGCAUUCAACUGGCUCCUCUGUAACGUCAUCCAGACAACUUCUCUGCAUGAUAUUCUCUGGCACUUUGUGGCAGCACUGACUCCUUCUCCAGUAGAAUCAGAGGAAGAUGAGGAUGAAGAAAAUAAAACAAAUAAAGAAAACGCAGAGCAAGAGAAGGAUACAAGAGUGUGUGAACAUCCUCUCUCAGAUAUAGUAAUUGCAGGCGAAGCUGCACACCCUUUGCCACAUACAUUUCACCGUUUACUUCAGACCAUCUCUGAUCUCAUGAUGUCCCUCCCCAGUGGCAGUUCACUGCAGCAGAUGGCCUUAAGAUGUUGGAGCCUCAAGUUCAAGCAGUCCGAUCAUCAGUUCCUUCACCAGAGCAAUGUCUUCCAUCACAUUAACAAUAUUCUGUCCAAGUCCGACGAUGGGGACAGUGAGGAGAGCUUCAGUAUCAGCAUACAGUCUGGCUUUGAAGCCAUGAGCCAGGAGUUAUGUGUAGUUAUGUGCUUAAAGGACUUGACCAGCAUUGUUGACAUAAAAACUUCAAGCCGACCUGCCAUGAUUGGCAGUUUAACAGAUGGCUCCACAGAAACCUUUUGGGAAUCAGGAGAUGAAGAUAAAAACAAAACUAAGAACAUCACUAUCAACUGUGUAAAAGGAAUUAAUGCCCGUUAUGUAUCUGUUCAUGUGGACAAUUCCCGGGAUCUUGGGAAUAAAGUUACCUCAAUGACCUUCUUAACUGGUAAAGCGGUAGAAGAUUUGUGCAGAAUAAAGCAGGUCGAUUUGGAUUCCAGGCAUAUUGGCUGGGUAACAAGUGAACUCCCAGGAGGCGAUAACCACAUCAUCAAAAUUGAACUAAAGGGCCCAGAAAAUACAUUAAGAGUUCGACAAGUAAAAGUCCUGGGUUGGAAAGAUGGUGAAAGCACAAAAAUCGCUGGUCAGAUCUCAGCCAGUGUGGCUCAGCAAAGGAACUGUGAAGCUGAGACUCUCCGAGUAUUCAGACUUAUUACAUCUCAAGUAUUUGGAAAGCUCAUCUCUGGCGAUGCUGAGCCUACACCAGAGCAAGAGGAGAAAGCACUUCUGUCAUCACCUGAAGGAGAGGAAAAAGCAACAUCCGAUGCUGAUCUGAAAGAACAUAUGGUUGGAAUCAUAUUCAGCAGGAGUAAACUGACUAACUUACAAAAGCAGGUUUGUGCUCACAUUGUCCAGGCUAUUCGCAUGGAAGCCACACGAGUUCGUGAAGAGUGGGAACAUGCCAUAUCCAGCAAGGAAAAUGCCAACUCCCAGCCCAGUGAUGAAGAUGCCUCCUCAGAUGCUUACUGCUUCGAGCUGCUCUCCAUGGUCCUAGCAUUGAGCGGCUCCAAUGUUGGCAGGCAGUACCUGGCUCAGCAGCUGACUUUACUUCAAGACCUCUUUUCUCUGCUUCACACAGCUUCUCCUAGGGUCCAGAGACAGGUGACCUCCUUACUAAGACGAGUUUUGCCUGAAGUGACCCCAAGUCGUCUGGCCAGCAUCAUAGGAGUGAAAUCUCUGCCCCCAGCAGACAUCAGUGAUAUCAUUCACUCAACUGAGAAAGGAGACUGGAAUAAGCUGGGUAUCUUGGACAUGUUUCUGGGAUGCAUUGCCAAAGCACUCACUGUCCAGCUCAAAGCCAAGGGGACCACCAUCACGGGGACAGCUGGCACCACAGUGGGCAAAGGCGUUACAACAGUCACCCUGCCAAUGAUUUUCAACUCCAGUUACCUCCGACGUGGUGAAAGCCAUUGGUGGAUGAAAGGCUCAACUCCUACACAGAUCUCAGAGAUCAUCAUUAAACUUAUCAAGGAUAUGGCUGCAGGUCACCUGUCCGAAGCUUGGUCUCGAGUGACAAAAAAUGCUAUUGCGGAGACCAUCAUUGCCUUGACCAAGAUGGAAGAAGAAUUUAGGUCUCCAGUGAGGUGUAUCGCAACAACUAGACUCUGGCUUGCUCUCGCGUCACUGUGUGUUCUUGAUCAGGACCACGUGGAUCGCCUCUCAUCAGGAAGGUGGAUGGGAAAAGAUGGGCAACAGAAACAAAUGCCUAUGUGUGAUAACCAUGAUGAUGGCGAAACUGCAGCGAUCAUCCUAUGCAGCAUCUGUGGGAAUCUGUGCACUGACUGUGACAGAUUCCUUCAUCUGCACCGACGGACUAAAACUCAUCAAAGACAGGUCUUCAAAGAAGAAGAGGAAGCCAUAAAGGUUGACCUUCAUGAAGGCUGUGGUAGAACGAAGCUGUUUUGGUUGAUGGCACUAGCAGAUUCUAAAACAAUGAAGGCAAUGGUGGAAUUCCGAGAACACACAGGCAAACCCACCACAAGUAGUUCAGAAGCUUGCCGCUUCUGUGGGUCCAGGAGUGGAACGGAGUUAUCUGCUGUGGGCAGUGUUUGUUCUGACGCAGACUGCCAGGAAUAUGCUAAGAUAGCCUGCAGUAAGACCCAUCCUUGUGGACAUCCGUGCGGAGGGGUUAAAAACGAAGAGCACUGUUUGCCCUGUCUGCAUGGCUGUGACAAAAGCGCGACCACUCUCAAGCAGGACGCCGACGACAUGUGCAUGAUCUGCUUCACUGAGGCGCUCUCUGCAGCCCCGGCCAUCCAGCUGGACUGCAGUCACGUAUUCCACUUACAGUGCUGUCGGCGAGUUUUGGAAAACAGAUGGCUUGGUCCAAGGAUAACAUUUGGAUUCAUAUCGUGUCCCAUUUGCAAGAACAAAAUUAAUCACAUAGUAUUAAAAGACCUGCUUGAUCCAAUAAAAGAACUCUAUGAAGAUGUCAGAAGAAAAGCCUUGAUGAGAUUGGAGUAUGAAGGUCUACAUAAGAGUGAAGCAAUCACGACUCCUGGUGUCAGGUUUUACAAUGACCCAGCUGGCUAUGCCAUGAAUCGAUAUGCAUACUAUGUUUGCUACAAAUGCAGAAAGGCGUAUUUCGGUGGUGAAGCUCGCUGUGAUGCUGAAGCUGGACAAGGAGACGAUUAUGACCCCAGAGAGCUCAUCUGUGGUGCCUGUUCUGAUGUGUCUAGGGCUCAGAUGUGUCCCAAACAUGGGACUGACUUCUUGGAAUACAAGUGUCGCUACUGCUGUUCAGUGGCUGUCUUUUUCUGUUUUGGAACAACACAUUUCUGCAAUGCUUGUCAUGAUGAUUUCCAAAGAAUGACCAGCAUUCCUAAAGAAGAGCUCCCACACUGUCCUGCGGGUCCCAAAGGCAAACAGCUAGAAGGAACUGAAUGUCCACUCCACGUUGUUCAUCCACCCACUGGGGAAGAGUUUGCUUUGGGGUGUGGAGUGUGCAGAAAUGCUCACACGUUUUAAAACAUUCAGAUCCUUUGUCUUCAAAGAGAAUACUUGCCUUCAUGCAAUGGAAGGAUGCAGUGAAGUUUAAACUCCGCUCAGGAUAAGAACGGGACCACUUUACAUUGGUGAAAACGAACCAUUCACAGUGCAAGAAUGAUGCCAAAUACAUAUACAUAAUUCUUGCUACGGAACGUUUCCCUGUUAUUUUGGUUUAUCUUCUUUUGAACCAAGAUAUCAAACUUGUGAGGUGUUUGCAUGUGGCCAUUUCCGUCAUUGGCCUGUGAAGCAUUGAACAUUUAUAGAUAAUUGGUAUAAAAGGAUCACCAUACUCAUGAACUAAGAAUGAUGCUGGCUUUCAAGCAGAAAAGAAAAAUAAUCACUGUUUAUUGUAUACUGCCUUUUGUAAUCCUGUACAAUUGCAUCACGGGUAGGGAUAAAAAGAGGAAUAUUCUGGUUUAUUUCCUAGACUGUUAUUUAAAAAAAUUGUGUUAGUAAGACCUAUAAAUGUAAUAAGUAUCACACUGUAUAUAAAGCUAUCAAUGUUUGUCCUAUAUAAGAAUUACUAAAUUACAAAAGCAAUUUCAUUUAAACUUCUAGGUUAAGUUUGAGCCUGAAAUUUUAAUGAAGUGCAAUACUGAGUGUGCCUCAUUAUCUUGCAGCUGUAAACAUAUUGGAAUGUACAUGUCAAUAAAAACCACUGUACAUUUUUAUACAGUGAUAAAGUCUAA